GAAGGAACCCACCACCACCUUCACUCUCCUAAACAACCUCAAUCCUCUCUCUCUCUCUACUUAUUAAAAAAAAAAAAAAUGGUUUUGGCCUCUCCAAACCCUUUGAAAAUCGAGAAAAUAAGAGACGACAUUGAACUCCCAAUAAUCGACCUCCAUUGGGACCGCACACGAGCCGCCGUGCAGAUCGUGAGAGCCUGCGAAGAGUUCGGGUUUUUCAAAGUCAUUAACCACGGUGUGCCGCAGGAGAUUAUUUCCCGGAUGGAUCGAGAGGCCCACGAGUUCUUCUCCAGGCCAGGGCCCGACAAGCAGCGGGCGGGCCCCGCCAACCCGUAUGGAUACGGGCUGAAAAACAUCGGGCUCAACGGGGACAUAGGCGAGCUCGAGUACCUUCUUUUACAAGCAAACGCUCCCUACAUUUCGGACAAGUCCAAAUACAUUUCCACCGACCCGGAAAAUUUCAGGUGCUUCGGGGCUCGGGCUUCGCAAGAAUUUAUUUCAAUUUAUGUAAACCAUGAUCCACCUCUUAUUAACCAGCUAUAUUUUAGGUGGAGACAGCUUCAGCGGGAACAUCGUCCACCAGAUGGCAGAGCGCAUACGGCGCGAUACGGUGCAGCGAUUGGUUACGUAGCAGCAGUAAAAGGGUUAGCAUGUGAAAUACUGGACAUGAUUGGAGAGGUUUUAUCCGGUGCGGCGCACCCCACGGCCUCCGUUUUCAGCAGGCUAAUCAGCGACGCCCAAAGCGACUCCCUCUUCAGGCUCAACCACUACUUGCCCACGUGUCAUCCCAAGAUUGGGUUCGGGGAGCACACGGACCCUCAGAUCCUGACCCUCCUCCGAUCCAACGGCGUUGGCGGACUCCAAGUCUCCACGGAGGACGGGGUGUGGGUCCCGGUCAGCCCCUACCCAGAGUUGGCUUUUUGUGUCAACGUGGGCGACGUGCUACAGGUGGGCCCCACUAGAUUAUGA